UGCUGUGUAAUGGUGUUUAUAUACAUAUGUCAUAUAUAUACAAUAUUUUACAAUGAGUUAUUGUAUCGUGUCUGGAUGCAGCAAUCGAAGUAGCGCGAAGAGAAAAAAUUGGGAACAGUUGGAAAAAGAAAAUAAAGAUAAAAAAUUUUCUUUCCAUUUAUUGCCAAAGGAUAUAGAUCGACAAAAUCAAUGGUUGGAAGCUGUAGGUUUAAAGAAUUGGAAGCCGUGCAAAACAGCAGCCGUCUGUUCUGCACAUUUCAAAGAAGAUGAUUUCGAAUUGAAUCUCGCAGUGAAAAGACUGAAAAAAGAUGCUGUUCCACAUGUGCCUGGUAUUCAGUCUCAAAUGCUCACUUCACUGCCUUCACAAGAAACCACUCAGUUACCUGAUAAGGAAUUGCACUUCGAAAGCACAGACACACAAAAUCAAUUUUCUGCAGAGAGUGUGAAAUGUUUUGAAGUUGAUACAAUCACCGAAGAAAUUGAAGAAACAAAGGAAAUUAUAAAUUUCGCUGAUGCAAACUGCGACACAUCGCGCGAUGUUUCGAACGUGAGACACAGAUCGACAAGUGUAUCUCCCGAGAGGAUAUUUAAUUCUCCCAACAUAAUUAAUCUACGAGAGAUUUAUCAGAAACAAAUAAAAUCGUUAAAAAAACAAUUAUACAGAGCAACAUAUAAUGAAAAACAAGCUCAGAGAAAAGUCCAGGCUUUGAAAGUUGUUGUGAGAGAUCUGCAGCAACGUAACUCAACGAUGACACAUGACGGUAGUAUACUUCGUUAUUUGGACGAGGAUGUACAGGAAUUGGUGAAGUGUGGCGCGAAAAACCAAAAAACCUCGUCCACACCAAGAAGAUGGAAGCCGAGUUUGUUUAAGUUGGCAUUGUCCUUGUAUUUUUAUUCACCAAAAGCGUACAAUUUCCUUCGCUACAAAUUUUCCAACGCUCUGCCUCAUCCUAAAACUAUAUCGAAAUGGUAUCGUACUAUGUAAAAAUAACUAAAUAUAUGUAUAUAUUAAUAACUAUAUGUAUAUAUUAUAAACUAAAUAU